AUGUUAUUGUCAGCGGAAGCACUUCCAAGACAUAUAAGCAUAAGAAAUAGCAUUUCUGACAAUAGCUUCACUGAUGUUGUAUUACAACAUAGGAGUCAAGCGAUUAGGGAUUACUUGGAAAGGAUGGAUAAGGAGAGUGCUAUUGCUGGCAGACCCCGAUUUGUGAUAUUAAUAAUUAUAUGUCAAUUAUGUCAAACAUUUCCAUCGGGAGCUCCGGUAGAUGUUUGUGAUUCACUAACCCCUCGACAUGUGGGCACUCGGGCUUUAAACUCAAACGAAUCGCCUUAUUAUUUGGUACAGUCGUCCAACAAUUAUGGGGACAACAAUAUUGACGGUCGAGUUAAAGGCAUUAAAGUUGAAUUGGGCGGUGAACUGUUCAAAGGGUUCAUCAUUAAAGCCAUCGAUCCCUUAACGGGUAAACCCAUCGGUAAUUGGGUUAGAUUUAAAGGAACUGAUAUAUUACCCUGUUCUGCCAUUACACAUACCAAUCCUAAAUCCAAACGACAGGCAUCUCUAAUAUGGGUGCCAUACCCGGGAACCAGAGGUUAUGUUCAAUUUGAGGCAACAAUUGUGCGAUCUUUCGAUGAAUACUAUACGGGAUUGGUAUCAGUAUUACCUCAUCAGCAAACUAUACGUGAAAAAAAUACACAACAACUGUCUAAAAGUUAA